UUCGCCCUCAGCAGCGCCGACCUUCACUCCUUCCUUCCUCCCUUGCAAGCGCCGCCCCAGCUCUCCGCUCCUGGCGGCCGUGCCGGCUGUGCGAGGGGCGGGCGGGCGCGGCCAUGGGCUCCGCGGCGCUGCUGGUGCUGGCGGUGCUGGCGGUGCCGCGGGCGGCGGCCGCGGGGGGCCCGGAGUGGCGCAGCCUGCGGGGGAGCUGGCGGCUGCGCAGCGGGAACGGCUCGGUGUCGCUCCGAGCGGAGGUGCCGGGCUGCGUCCACACUGCGCUGCUCCGCCGCGGCCUCAUCCAGGAUCCAUACUAUAGAUUUAAUGACGUGAUGUACAGAUGGAUCUCAUUAGAUAACUGGACUUACAGCAGGACAUUUAAAACUCCUUUUGACAUCAGAAAGUGGCAGAAAGUGAAUUUGGUUUUCGAGGGAGUAGAUACAGUAGCACAGAUCCUGCUCAACAAUGUCACUGUGGGGAGAACAGACAACAUGUUUAACAGAUAUAGCUUUGAUAUCACCAGCGUGAUCAAGGAGGUCAAUUUUGUUGAAGUCCGUUUCUUGUCGGCCAUUUCCUAUGCAGCAGAGCAGAGCAGGUGUCACAAAGCUUACAGCAUCCCCCCCGCCUGCCCUCCACCUGAGCAGAAAGGAGAGUGCCAUGUGAAUUUUAUCAGAAAGGAGCAGUGUUCAUUUAGUUGGGACUGGGGCCCUUCUUUUCCCACUCAAGGAAUCUGGAAAGAUGUUAGGAUUGAGGCCUAUAACCAUUACCACCUGAUUUACUUUUCUUUAACUCCUUUCUUUGUAAAAAGUACGCAGCAGUGGUGUCUUGAAAUUGAGUCUGUUUUUGAGGUAGUCAGCUCCAAGCCAAUUCCAGGUCGUGUGAUGGUGAACAUUCCCAAAUUGCAAACGCAGCAAACAUUCACUGUGAAGCUUCAACCUGGAGAAGGCAGCAUUGUGCUGCUUGUAAACAUCAACAAGACUUCUGUAGUAGAGGCUUGGUGGCCAAAUGGACAUGGAAAGCAAACUGGAUACAACAUGAAAACAACUUUUAUCAUGGAGGCAGGAUACCAGAUUGAGAAAUUUUCAAAGGUGCACAGAAGCAAGCAUGGCAGCUGCUCUUCAUCUGAUCCAUGGCAGAUGGGGAAGACACCUGUACAAAUAAGAGGACAGAGCAAAGCUUAUUUUCGGACAGUAGAACUUGUUCAGGAGCCUAUUCCCGGCUCACCAGGUCUGAGUUUCUACUUCAGAAUCAAUGGCCGACCCAUUUUUCUGAAGGGCUCGAACUGGAUUCCUGCAGAUUCUUUCCAGGACAGGGUGACCUAUGACACAUUAAGGCUACUCUUGAAGUCUGCAGCAGAUGCUAACAUGAAUGCACUUCGGGUUUGGGGAGGAGGAGUAUAUGAACAAGAUGAAUUUUACGAUAUUUGUGAUGAAAUAGGAAUAAUGAUUUGGCAGGAUUUUAUGUUUGCCUGUGCGCUUUAUCCAACUGACCAGAAUUAUUUAGCAUCUGUAAGAGCAGAAGUUCUUCAUCAGGUGCGACGUUUAAAAUCUCAUCCAUCAAUUAUUCUAUGGAGUGGUAACAAUGAAAAUGAAGCAGCAAUUUCAAGCAACUGGUUCUCCAUACCUCGUGCCGAAAGAGAGAGAUAUAUCAGAGACUACCUGAUGCUUUAUGUGAAGAACAUACGAGAGAUAGUUCUUAAUGAAGAUAGGAGUCGUCCUUUUAUUGCAUCCAGUCCCACCAAUGGCUUGGAGUCAGUUAAAGAAGGUUGGGUCUCCCAGAAUCCUUAUGAUACCCAUUAUGGUGACACUCACUUUUAUGACUACACCAAUGACUGCUGGAACUGGACAAUGUAUCCUAAAACUCGUUUUGCUUCAGAAUAUGGAUUUCAAUCCUGGCCUUCCUUCAGUACAAUCGAAAAGGUUUCUUCUGCUGAAGACCGGUCCUAUGUAAGCAAUUUUUCUCUCCAUCGGCAACAUCACGACAGUGGCAAUGUUCAGAUGCUUCAAGAAGUUGGGUAUCAUUUCAAGCUUCCGCAGGGCACAGAUCCUGUAAAGAGGUUCAAAGAUACAAUUUACCUCACUCAGGUGAUGCAGGCUCAGUGUACAAAGACAGAAACUGAAUUCUAUCGUGCUAGUCAAAGUGAAAUAAUCAGGGGAGAAGGACACACAAUGGGAGCUCUGUACUGGCAACUCAAUGACAUUUGGCAGGCACCUUCAUGGGCUUCCUUGGAGUAUGGUGGUAAGUGGAAACUGCUCCAUUAUUUUGCCCAGAACUUCUUUGCACCACUGCUGCCUGUGGCGUAUGAAGACCAAGGUGUGUUGUACAUUUACGGUGUCUCAGAUCUUCAUGGGGACCAGAAGCUGACUUUGAGGGUCGUUGUGCACACCUGGGGUUCUUUGGAGCCAGUAUGUACCCUUGCCAAAGAAGGUGUGAUUGUUAAAGCACAAAGUGCUGUGCCCAUCUACAAGGAGUCCAUAAGUGAUGUUCUGGAAAGAUGCAGAAAUUGUACCAGGAAAAGCUGUGUUAUUACUUUCUGUCUUGUGGGAGAAGAUGGCCUCCAGAGUCCUACGAACCAUUUCUUCCUUUCAUCACUAAAGGAUGCUGUAGGAUUAGAAAAGACCCAGCUUAGUGCUUCUGUAUCCAAACAAGACGAUACUUAUAUAUUUGUUCUUCAGACCACUGCAGUUGCUCCUUUUGUUUCUAUGGAUGUAGGGAGUAUAAAAGGCAGAUUUAGUGAUAAUGGUUUCCUCAUGACUGAAAAGAAGAAAGUGGUUGUGUUUUAUCCUUGGGAACCUACCAGUGUUGAAGAACUAGAAAAUUCACUAACCUUGACCUCUCUGUUGGAUGUUGUCUGAAAAUACCUCGUUUCCUUCUAGUUAUAUAAACAGUGAAACAGGAGGAGAAGAAAAGUUAAAACAAUUUUACUGAAGUUGAAGUGACACACAAUUUGAGCCAACUGGAGAACAUACUGUCUGCUCCUGUCAUGUGUGAAUUUUAACUGCUGGUUCAAUGUAAAGAUAUCAACAGCAAAGCUUACGUAUAAUAUAUGCGGUGUCUUGAAAGUACAUCCGUAGUUUUUCUAGUUUCACUAUACUUUAAGUGGAAAUUCAUCUUAAGAUAACAGCAAGGUAUGCUGGGGAGUAGGGGGAAGGGCAGGGAAUGAAGCUGGGACAACCUCCAGAAGUACGCCUCCAAGUUGUUUGAUCUAUCUGCACCCAGAUCGGGAGGGCACUAGUCCUACCCUUUCAGAUCUAUGGCUGUCAUCCAUUAAGGUGGUCUGCCUGCCUCCUGCAAGGCAUGAAACCUGGGCUGUCGAGUCAGACAUCAGGCAGAUCUGUUCCCCUUUCUGAAAGAGGAAUUCAGUACAAGACUUGUUUUCUGCUCUCUUUUCAUGCAAAAUAAGCAACAGCCUUUGAGAGCUCUGCAUCUAGCUUUGCCUAUACCCAGAGAGCUGCAGGUGCAGUCACAAACCUGUUGCUGCUGUGUGGGAUCCCACAUAAUGUGCCAUGUGAGAAAAGGAGCAGGGAGAAGAGUUAACCAAAGGUGCCAAGAGAAAGGAGGCAGUACAGAGAAGAAAUGGUCACGUAAGAGAACCACAGAGGUGCAAGUGACUGUUUUUUCUCUACUAAAUGCAGGGUGCAGCGGCUGCUGUUCUCACUCAGACACUGCUGCACAGACAUUCUGUUACCUCUUGGCAUUCCUCAUGAGUGGUCCUGUGCUCCACACUGAUCCUCCUCUCUUUCCAACAAAUUAAAACCUCAACAUUUUUCUUUCUAUGGUUCCCCGUAGAAGACACUCUUGACUCAUUAUUACAUCUGGUGGCACAUUGAAUUCCUGAGUCUAUACAAAGUAAUGGUGGUUCACCUUCCAUUCUGUUUCCAACUACAUUUUAAAAUUUUUAGGUUUCUCAUAGAAAUGUCAUCUCACUUUGGCAUUUAAUACAAAGAAAAUAAGCGUGCUUCAGCAUGGUGGACUGCAAUAGCCUGUGGAGCUGAAAGCCUGAGGGUUUGGCUGUCACAAAAUCAAGGCCAACGAGCCACUCUGUGAGCAGGUUGCUAAACAGUGGGCUUAUCUGUCGGAUGUGGUUUGAAAUGCAGCUGGGAUCUUGCUGGGGUUCCGCAAGAAUCCCCUUGCAGUCUUAGCAAGUAUUAAUUUUCCUGCAAAGCAGAAUCAGCACCAUAGUAGGUGGUGUUUGAACAAGCUCUACCGGUGAUGUCCAUCUGUGUUGUAAAAGCACCAGGUAUGUGAUAUUUGCUGGUGGGAGGGCGGUCUUGAGCUCGUGUGGGGCGAGUGGCUGUUCCACUGGACACUUAGAGACCUUGGACUGGGGGUUGUUUUCUUGCAGCGACCACAGUUUUAAUGGGCAGAGAGAUGAACAUGUUGAUAAAUCCUUGGUGAUCUCUGGUGCUUUUGAAUUGGGUGUUAACAAAAAAAUUACAUACUCCUGAGCAAAAGAAAGAACUUAAGGAUGAAAGAGAAAUGAUAAAUGGAAGUUGCUUACAAAUUCUUUAUUAGGUCAGCAAAACAACUAACUGCAUUUGCAUUGGAGGCUUUUUCUGAUUCAACACUUGUCCUAGCUAAAAGAAGACAUGAAAACAAUCAAAAUAUGGAGGUGUAUGUGUCAAUGUUUAUAGGUUAUGCAAAAUAAAUAGAGAAAAUGACAGUCAUGAGUAAAACUUAACAGUUAGAAAAUGCAGAUAUUGAUAAAGGAGAUUAAAAGUUAUCUGAAAGGCAUCCUGUGCCAACAAUACAAGAAAAAUUCUUCAGUUUUUUUUGGUGUCCUGGCAUCAAAGUGAAAUCAAAGCAGCAAUGGCGUCAAUAUAAGCUGUAGGAAUCUUUGGAAGCCAGCAAAAGUGUGGACUGCGCCUUUGGCGGUUACUUUAGAACUGCUCUGUUGCAAGGGGUGUUCAUCCAGAAGAGCCAAAAGCUGUGGACUGUGGGAGUGACACCCAGGUUACUGAAGACUGAACUGAGCCAAGAGCAACCCUGUCAAAUCUCCAUCUUUGUGCCACGAAAACUGGCUGCAACUAUAUUAGGAGCUCUUUUCGUGCAACUGUGCUGCAAAAAUUAUGAAGAGACCGGCUAGAAACUGUAUCCUUUGAUUGCUCUGUGUGCCUUACCUCUUUUUUGAGUUCAUAUUAUGCUUUAAGGAGUGACUUUCAUCUGUAAAAGAAAAUCCUCACAACCCACAAAAGCUCAGUCAGUCUUUCAUAGCGUCCAGUCCUGUGUAUUAAUAUGGCAGGAGAGCCCUGGUUAUUGUAUAUGGCUUGUAAAUGAAUAAAAUUAAAUGUACUUGAGGAAGGAAGCAGUGCCUAGGAGUUGCAUGCUGAAGUUGCCAUUGCUUCUGGUUUGGGUGGGAUUCUUCCAGUGCACUUUUGGUUGUGAAUUCACUUCCCUCUGACCAGGACGACACUGAUGUAAUUUUUAAUGUUGUAUUUGUUCCUGUAACUGCAUAUUGCUAAUUGAACAUUACUAUUCAGCUAUAUAAUUGCUUUGGACUGAACUUUCAUGUCCGUAGCCCAGGGCCAUUUUGCUCAGUGUUAGUGAUGACUUGCUGUUCAGAGAGUCUGAAUAAGUAAAACUCAGUUUGCGGAACGAGGUCUCCACACCGCUGUCACACGUGCUUUCGUUGUCUUGAAAUUUGCUGUUAUAAAGCUCACCUGAGGGAGAGAGAAAAAGGAAAUAUGUUAUUCUUUGUGUGGCUUGAGUAAUGCUGCUUUCAGAAAAGUCUAAGGAAUGCAAACCAACAGGGUCAAAGCUCUUCUAUAGGAAAAUGAUUCUAAUAUGAGGUAUUAUUUUAGGAAAAGCUGUGCUUUCAGGCCACCAGAGCAUGUGAUCUGACAUAUUGCUGGCAGAGAUCAGCUUGCAGUUGGAGCUUGGAUGGGAUGAGAAGCCUGGUGCUCUGCUGACACUAAUGUUGUCACUGCACAUUGGUCAGGACUCUGCCCAGGUGUCAAAAGGUUCUCUGGUUCUCAGAUUCAGGCUCUGAGCAAAUGUACAGCUCCAGGAUGAGGCUCAUGUUAUUUUAACUUACAGAUUUCUUUUUGAGACAAAUAUUAGAACAAUUUUCAUCUAGUAAGUGAGCCUGAAAUACGAACAAGUCAGCAGCACCCAUCACCUGUGCACCAUUCACAAAAGGAGUGCCUGACUGCGAGGGAUCAGUGUCCAAGCUGAAGGUAUGAUAUGGGAUCAGUGUGACUAUAACAGUGGUUGGCAUAUUAGAGUUCAAUCUUAUUUUUCUAAACAAACACCUUAAAAUAAACAAUGUGAUGCAGUCCAUUCCUGUUGUAAAGGAGCAGAACCCCUCUUACCCUUCAAGAUUAAUCUAAAGGCGUAAUAUGUGUACAAGUACAUUUUUGGGUAGGUGUGAAGGUUCUUUCCGUGACUGAACAAACUGUUCCAUAGAGAGUAAACUGGCAACUUUAGAUUAGAAUGGAGUGACUGUGGUUUUCCUUUUUUUCCUUUCCAGAAAUAUCUACAGUAUUUUCACGUACAGGCAGCAUUACUGGUGUUUUAACAGUAAAAAACAAAGGGUUUUUUUACUUAAAAUGACCAGGCACUGACUGAACAUCCCUGAUGACUUAUUGACUUCUCACAACCUCUGUUUUUGUGUUAGUAGAGUCCCUUGCCCAGAAACACUGUAGGACUUCCAUCAUUGAAGAUGCUCAGAACUCAACUGGACAUGACAUGGACAAACCCAUGUAAUAUUUAUACUGGCCCUGCUCUGAGCAGGUAGUUGACAGCAGGACUGCUUGUGGUCCUGUGUAAUCUCUGCCUACAGAAUACUGGGACAUUUUGGAGUGCUACACACUGUAGAAAGAGAUAUUUAAUACCAAAGUCUUAUUGAGAAGCUUAUGUGCCCAAAACAUUUUUGUGUAUCCGUAUAUGAGGGGGGAGAAAAAAGUCAAAAGCUAAUGGCACUUGUACAUGCCUGGGAAAUCAUUGCCUAGUUUAUCUUUUGAAACUUAUUCUCAGUACAUUCAUGGCAUUACCAUCAGCAAAUAGUAAGUGUCUGGUUUUAGAAAAGGGAGGCAGUGUAUUCAAUACUGUGAUGCAGGCAUGCUGAUUCAAAUGGUCCAUUUUUCCUCUCUCUUCUAGGCCUAGCAAAUAUCUAUGACAAGAAAGUCACGCUGCAGUAAAAUAUUUCUGAAGCAGGGAGGCACCUGAGGCAUUGUGUGUGAGAUGGGCUGUGUGAGAUGGAUAAUGCUUCCUGAAUGACUUCAAUGGCUUCUGUGUGAUUCAUCUGCCUCAAAGCAGCAAUCAACUCCUGAACUGUACCACCAGAGACCUAAGAGAGAAGACACCAGAUGCUCACCAUCAUCCAGGCUGGCUAGAACCGAAGGGCUCCUCACUGUCCAGGAGGACAGUGUUCUCUACAUGUGUGAAUGUUCUUUAUAACUUGUUACAGCCACGUUACCUCAUAGUUAUCUAGCAGAGUUUUCGAUGGAGAAAGGCUCAACCUGAAGGCAUUAUUAAGUAUGCCAAGACCUAGUUUUUGUGCUAGAGUGGACCAGUUUUUGGUAGGAUCAGGCAAUUCCAAUAGUUUGUAAAGCUGCAUCUUGGAAUUUUCAUUCAGCUCUCUCAAGUUUCCUGGGGAACAGAGAAAUAUGUUAGUUUAUUAUUUACACAAAUCAUGCACCAGUUCAUUUCUAAGCAGAAACAAAACUAAACUGAAGAGUAUAUUAGCGUCCAGUCCCAGUGUUUAUAAAUGUAUUGCUGUAAUAUUGAAAAUGUACUCCUUUGUGUCCUUAUGACUUCUUAAGGGAAUUGUGCUCAUUCUGUGAGCAAGUGGUUGGGAGGGUACCUCUUCUCCCUCACCAGUUCAGUUACAAGCUAUAGCAGGGCAAUGUCUUCAGCCACUAUGGUUUGAGAAUUCAGUUACUAGAGGGAUAUUGUCAAGUCUUUAUAGAUGUUACCUCGUGUCAGCAACUCCUCCGAAACUUCUGUUGACUGGUAGGGUUUCCCAUUUAAUAUGUCAUACACCUAAGAGAAUAUAUUAAAUUCAGUAUUUAGCAGAAACCUUGUUAGUAUCCAUUAUCCUAACAAGUCUCAGCAGUAUUCUACCUAAUUGCAUCUGUAAAUCAGCAUUUUUUCCUCUCUGAGGUUCAGUAGUCUGUUAAGUGGAGCUUUCUUUCAAUGUUAUUUCAUUAGGUGAGUUUUGUGGCUGAAUUAGUUUAAUUUUUGAUGGCAAAUUAGUUGCUUGUCACCACUGAAAUAACUGUGGAUGCAAUGAAAGGAGCUAGCUAAGAGAUCUGAACUGUCCUUGAUGAUUAGAAAUAAAAACAGAAAAAACUCAACAAACAGAAAAAACAGACCACAUACCUCACAGUUGGCUGCCAUAUCCAGCGGUGUUGUUCCAGGCACAAUCCCUUCAUCAUCAUCUUCAGCAUCUUUCACAUCAUCUAGAUCAAACAAUGGCUCAAAGUUCUCAAUGUGAGGAUUUGCACCUGGAAAACAAGUGUGCAAAAAAAAAAGUAAGAAAAAAGGCUUCGAGUUGCUUUUCAACAAUAUUUAAAAUAUGCAUUCUAAUUUCUGAAUGGCAAACCAGCUAAUUUAUUUACUCCAGCUAAAUGAUAUUUUAUAUUAAGCCAGCAAAUAACUCUUUUUAAAAUUACAUUUAAAUGCUGUCACAUCUCUGUGUAGUGCUACUCUCCAAUAUAAAGAGGGGGAAAAAUGUUCCAAUAAAUAUUCAAAUCUAAUUCUUCUAAAGUGACCUAAAAUAGGAGACAGUAACAAGCUCAUGUUUCAGUGAUGGGGUUAUUUUUGUUUCUAAAGCAGUCCAACACUUAUCCCAGCUAUAACAAGGUCUCUUUUCCACUUCUUCAGCUAUAAAAGCUACACAAGAAAUAUUCAAAAAACUUUCAAGAGUACUCAAGAGAUUUUUCUUGACCAGCAUAAUUUGCCUUUUUAGCCAUUAGAUGGUGCUGAAGAGUGGUUAGUAUAGCACCUCAAAGUCGGACUUUCUGAGGAAAUUCAGACCUUCAGGCUUUUAACAUCCGACUUCCUCCACUCAUUAAAGUUCACGGGCACAUUCUUUUCUGCUUGCAGCCUUCUAACUUGAAUUUUCAUCACUGUGAAAGAAAACUCUCCAGCAAUGAUCUAUUUUCAUACCUGCUGCUUUGAGAACUGCUGUCAGUUUUGUAGAGCCCCUUCCAGCUGCUAUGUGAAGUGGAGUCGUCCCAUCAUAUGUAGUGCUGUCCACAUCUGCAUCACCCUAGGUUUUUAUUGAAUGACAAAAAGAAAAGAAAUCUAUACAAUAGAGCUGCAGAGGCUCACGUCUGCAUAAGCAUGGCAAGCACUUUCCAUGCCUGUUUGCAUAAAAACUAAUGUCUGAAAAGACAUAAUCAGAGAGUAACUACAACUGUCUGCAUGGAGGAGCAGAUGGUCGUUGUGUGCUCCAGUGUUACAGCAGGAGGCGCAGUGUAUAUCCAAAUAGGCCAGGUACAUAAAAGCCACUUUGCAUCCCAUGUAAUGGUUCUGUCAUGUGAUUACCCUCGGCCUUUGGAGUGUGAAUGGUGUGCACAGAAAUCUGCCUUCCUGUUGCUCUUCAGAAGAGCAGCCAGGCUGGUGGCACAUCCACACACCAACACCAAGGAGAGCUACAGCAGCAGGAGGUGUGUAGAAUUAAGGACACCAGGAUCAAGGUGUUAAAAGAGAUGAGACAAAUACUUAUAGAUACGCACAACUAUAUCUCUAUGCACAUCUCUCUAUACACAUUCAACUACACACAGAAGUAGUGAUGAACUUGUUCAUGAAUAAGUUCAUUGGCUGCCAGGAUUACUCAGUGCAAAUUAAACAUGGCAUAUGCAGUCAGGUCAGGGUCACUGUAAAUUCCUCAGCUUGGCCAAAAGAUUCACCAGCAGUGCUGAACAAAACCAUGAAUAACAUUACUUAAAUUAGCAUAAUGGCAAAAUUAUUAGUAAUCUAGUCAAUAAACAGGAACCCCCCUUUCUGUUCCUCUGAAGCACUGAAGGAGUGUCCAGAGUAUUUAAAUAUAUAGUUGGAAAGACCUGGAAGAAAGAAAUUCUGCCCUUACCUCAAGCAAAAGGCAGCCUGCCAAAGGGAUGUUCUCUUGUUCAACAGCCAAAUGCAACGCAGUUCGUCCAGAUUUUUGUUCCUGAGAAUUGACAUUAACUCCAGCAGCAAUCAGCUGUUUGAGGCAGGACAUACUGUUUGCCAUCACUACCAUGUGAAUUGCACUGAGACCUACAAAAAAUAAAUCCCAACCAUUAAUACUG